AUGGCCAGUGAUGGUGAUCUGGACAGUGAGAAGAAAGGGAAAAAGAAGAGGGGGAGAGUUGACAAUGACGACCACAUGCUGGAGCAAUAUUCUGCAGCACUAAUAUUCCAUCUUUUGCAUAAUGGAAAGACAUUGGACAUUGUUGUGGAGAAUCCUGAUAAGUUCCGAGUUGUUGCUCUUGCUGCCGGCUCCAAUGUGACUCUUCUAGCUGAUCAGGUCAAAACAUUCAAACCAAAACUGGUUGCUGUAAGAAACGAAUCAUUAGUUGAUGAGCUAAAAGAAGCCUUAGCUGAUUGUGAAGAGAAGCCAGAAAUUAUUCCUGGGGAGCAAGGUGUCAUAGAGGUCGCUCGACACCCAGAUGCAGUUACAGUUGUCACAGGGAUAGUAGGGUGUGCAGGGCUGAAGCCAAUGGUUGCUGCAAUUGAAGCUGGUAAAGACAUAGCGUUAGCGAACAAAGAGACGCUUAUUGCAGGUGGCCCUUUCGUGCUUCCCCUUGCACACAAACACAAAGUGAAGAUUCUUCCUGCUGAUUCUGAGCACUCUGCAAUAUUUCAGUGUAUACAAGGUUUGCCUGAAGGAGCACUUCGUCGCAUUAUUCUAACUGCAUCAGGUGGUGCUUUCAGAGACUGGCCGGUUGACAAAUUGAAAGAUGUAAAAGUUGCUGACGCAUUAAAGCAUCCAAACUGGAAUAUGGGGAAGAAGAUCACAGUAGAUUCUGCUACUUUAUUCAACAAGGGCUUAGAAGUAAUCGAAGCACAUUAUUUAUUUGGCGCUGAAUACGAUGACAUUGAGAUUGCGAUUCACCCAGAGUCUAUCAUACACUCUAUGGUUGAAACCCAGGACUCGUCCGUCCUAGCUCAACUGGGAUGGCCAGAUAUGCGAUUACCAAUCUUGUACACCUUAUCUUGGCCAGAUAGAAUCUAUUGCUCUGAGGUCACCUGGCCCCGUCUGGAUCUUUGCAAGUAUGACAUCUUCACAACUCCUUUGCUCUUUGCAAUACAGCUUAUGCUUUUAUUUGGAAAUGACCUCCAAGAACUUUGAGUCCUAUUUUUCUUGAUUAAACUUGAUAGAUGUGUAUGGGUCAGCGGAACCCGAGUCUGCUGUUGGUGUGUGCAUUUGUGUGAGUUAAGACUCCUCCUGGGCAUUAUUCUAGGAAGGUGCCUUGCUUCGAACCCGGGUUGGGACAGGAGUUUCAACUAUUCCUGGAGUUCAAUGCUCUAAGCGGUCCAGGCGAGAAGCUUGGCUUUGUAUGAGUUAAGAAUGGAUCUAAGUUGGGUUUUAACGAGCAAAUAUUAUGACAGCCACAGAAAAUAAAUAUGCUCAUCAAGCUUGGACGUUGACUUAAACUUACUGCAAUAAUUUCAAUUGAUCAUAUGAUUUGAACUGGUUGGCUAACCUACAUCUGG